UUUUUGUCUGACAACGCAAAAGGAAAAAAAGAAGCCAACAAGGCAACAACCAACCAACGAGAUUUGGUCGGUUUUCCUUCCAUUCAAGCAAACGCCAAAUCCGCAGAUAUAGAUAUUUAUUCACAGAACCAAAAGCCUUUUAAUCUUUUUCCCCCGGUGUCUCUCUUGAUUUUCCCGGAAAUUCUCUUGGGCGUUUCGAAGUUCUUGAAGAGGAUUCUGUUUCCCAGAUAAGUUUCCUUACCAGAUUCUCUGAUUUUUUUCCCUAUUUUGAUAAAAGGAAAUAUUUGGGUGUGUAAAAUAGCAUUUUGUAGCUGAAUUGGGUUCGCUUUCUCUCGUUCUCUGAAUUGGGAUUUGUUUUUGUCCUGGGUUAGCAUCAACAAAUCCUAAUUUGGAUGCAAAUUCUUCCUUUCUUUGUGGUUUUGGAUUUAUCUGGUGUUCUGAAUACAUAAUCUAGGAAAUUGAACAAAACCCAUUUGAGUUUGGGUCUAAAAGUUUAUGUUUUGAGCUAUUUUGCCUAAGUUUUUCCCCUGAUUUGAGGUUUAUAUAGAAUUGAUUGCUGGGUUUUAGAGAGAUGUUAUAUGCAAUAUAUGGUAAAUUUGUGGUUAAUAGAUGUGUGAAUUAGUGAUUCAGAUCCGUUUGGAGGUUUUAUGUUGAAUUGGUCCUUUGGACGUGGGGCUUUAGAGUAAGGAUUGUUGUAUGCGUAUUUGAAUCUGGUUAGGGUACCGUUUCGAAGUAUAGAUUUGGAGAUCCAGGUUUGGACCUUUGGUGAUUUGGAUUGUUGAAUUGAUGAUGGGGAAGCAAACUGGGAAGAAGAAUAAACAGUUGGCAGCAAAAUCUGGCGAAUCAAGUGGGAAGGAAAGUAGAGCCGGGGAAAAUAGCCCCAAAGCGUACGAUAAAGAUACAGCCGUAUUCAUUUCAAUGUCAAGGGAAUUGAAGGAUGAGGGGAAUAAGUUGUUUCAGAAGAGGGACUACGAAGGAGCUAUGUUAAAAUACGAGAAAGCCAUCAAGUUGCUGCCGAGAAACCACAUAGAUGUUUCGUAUCUUAGGAGUAACAUGGCUGAAAGCUAUAUGCAAAUGGGUCUCGGUGAAUACCCUAGGGCAAUCCAUGAGUGCAAUUUAGCUCUUGAAGUGACACCCAAGUACAGUAAAGCGCUAUUGAAGAGAGCUAGAUGUUACGAAGCUUUGAAUAGGCUCGAUUUUGCGAUGAGGGAUGUAGAUACGGUUUUGAAAAUGGAACCGAAUAAUGUCAUGGCAACGGAGAUUGCGGAAAGGGUGAGGACAAUAAUUGAGAAGAAAGGAAUCAAAACAAAUGAUGUACCAAUUGAUUUGGUUGCGGAAUAUGUUGAACCACCUUGUGCAUCACUUGCACCAAAAGUGAUGAGAGAGAAGCCACGAAAGAAGAAAGGCAAAAUAGUUGAUAAGGCUGAGGAAGAGAAGGUAGAAAAGGAAUCUGAUGAAAAAAUUGUUGAGGAAAAAGUUGAGGAGAAGAAUGGAGAUGAAAGGACUCAGGAAAAGAAUGAUGAGGAAAGUGUGGAGGAGAAAAAGGCUGAAGAUAAAUUGGUGGUGGAGGAAAAAAUAAGUAACAUUAUAGGAGAAGAGCCCACAAGGAAUGUUAAAUUGGUCUUUGGGGAGGAUAUAAGAUGGGCACAGCUGCCUGUCAGUUGCAGCAUUUUAAAACUGAGGGAGGUGAUACGUGACCGGUUUCCGAGUUUAAAUGCUGUUCUUAUCAAAUACCGUGACCCAGAGGGCGAUUUGGUCACAGUAACCACUAAUGAAGAAUUGAGGUGGGCUGAAGCAUCUGCCGAACAACAUGGUUCCCUCAGACUCUAUAUAGUUGAAGUUAAUCCAGAUCAAGAUCCAUUCUAUGAAAAAGUUUGUACAAAGCACAUUAGCUUGAAUGCAGGUGGAAUAAUGGGGAAUGGCAAGAAAACAGAAAUGAGGCCAUCUUGUAUCGAUGACUGGAUUAUUCAAUUUGCUCAGAUUUUCAAAAACUAUGUUGGAUUUAAUUCAGACGCAUAUUUGGACCUUCACGAGCUUGGGAUGAAGCUGUACUCUGAGGCGAUGGAGGAGACGGUUACAAGUGAAGAAGCACAAAACCUUUUCCAUACAGCAGCGGAGAAAUUUCAGGAAAUGGCGGCUUUGGCCUUGUUCAAUUGUGGAAAUGUCCACAUGUCUAGUGCUAGGAAAAGGGUAUACUUUUCUGAAGAUGCUUCAAGAAAAUCUAUACUUGCACAAGUUGAAACUGCAUACGACUGGGCACAAAAGGAGUACUCGGAAGCAGGAAAGAAGUACGACGAAGCACUUAGAAUCAAACCUGAUUUUUAUGAAGGUGUUUUAGCUCUAGGGCAACAGCAGUUCGAACAGGCGAAGCUUUCUUGGUAUUAUGCAGUUGGAACCAAUGUUGAUUUGGAAAAUUGGCCAAGUACAGAAGAGGUUCUUCAGCUAUAUAACAAUGCAGAGGACAAUAUGGAGAGGGGAAUGCAAAUGUGGGAGGAAGCGGAGGUGUUGCGUUUGAACGAACUCUCAAAGACAAAGAAAGUUAAAACCCUGUUACAAGAUUUUGGUUUGGAGGGAUUAUGUAAAGAUGUAUCGGCAGAAGAAGCUGCAGAACAGGCUGCAAACAUGAGUUCCCAGAUAAACGUUUUGUGGGGUACCAUGUUAUAUGAACGAUCGAUUAUGGAAUUCAAGUUAGGGCUUCCGGUCUGGCAAGAGUGUUUGGAGGUUGCUGUUGAGAAGUUUGAACUUGCCGGUGCUUCGCCAACAGAUAUAGCUGUUAUGGUAAAGAACCAUUGCUCCAAUAAUUCUGCAGUUGAAGGCUUGGGGUUCAAUAUUGAUGAGAUAGUACAGGCAUGGAAUGAGAUGUAUGAAGCUAAAAGGUGGAAGAGCUGCAUUUCUUCUUUCCGACUAGAACCAUUACUUCGAAGACGAGUUUCAAAACUUUAUCAUGCCCUGGAGAAUGCGUGAUUUUCUCCGUUGUUGAUUUGAUUUCUGAAGAAACAGGAGACACUCACUAUUACUUCCGCAUCACCCCUAUCUGAAUUUCCACAUUCUACUGAGUUUGAAGCUUCGUCUUUCGUGUGUAGAUACAAAAAAGGCCCUUUCACCGGCUUUGUACUAUUACUCCAUUUCAAUUUUGGGGGACCAGGAUGAAGUGGCAGGAAUUUCCUCGUUUUUUUGUUUAGUUUCUGCUUACCAACUCCACCUCCCCAUGCAUAUCAGUCUCAUAUUGUAAUUUUCUCCCUUAUUCUUUGUGUUUUUCUUGUCAGCCUUAUGGUUAGGAAUUUCAAAGUAUUAUGUUGUUAUUUGACAUUUCAGGUUUGUAAUUUAAUUUUGUAUGUAAGUUUUCUGUUGUUGUAACUUUAUAUAAACAUGGAUUCAUUUGUGAAGGAAGAUGUUGUAUCC